AAGAUGGACUGGGGCACCCUGCAGACCAUCCUGGGCGGCGUCAACAAGCACUCCACCAGCAUCGGCAAGAUCUGGCUGACCGUGCUGUUCAUCUUCCGCAUCAUGAUCCUCGUGGUGGCCGCCAAGGAGGUGUGGGGGGACGAGCAGGCUGACUUCGUGUGCAACACGCUGCAGCCCGGCUGCAAGAACGUCUGCUAUGACCACCACUUCCCCAUCUCGCACAUCCGGCUGUGGGCGCUGCAACUGAUCUUCGUGUCCACGCCGGCGCUGCUGGUGGCCAUGCACGUGGCCUACCACCGGCACGAGAAGAAGCGGAAGUUCAUCAAGGGGGAGAUGAAGAAUGAGUUCAAAGACCUGGAGGAGAUCCGGACGCAGAAGGUGCGCAUCGAGGGCUCGCUCUGGUGGACUUACACCAGCAGCAUCUUCUUCCGAGUCAUCUUCGAGGCCGCGUUCAUGUAUGUGUUCUACGUCAUGUAUGAUGGCUUCUCCAUGCAGCGGCUGGUGAAGUGCGGCGCCUGGCCCUGCCCCAACACGGUGGACUGCUUCGUGUCGCGGCCCACGGAGAAGACGGUCUUCACCGUGUUCAUGAUCGCCGUGUCGGGGAUCUGCAUCCUGCUGAACAUCACCGAGCUGUGCUACCUGCUGAUCAGAUAUUGUUCUGCAAAGUCAAAGAAGCCUGUCUAA